ACUUAAGAAAAACUUCUUACUCAUCUGAACUCUUUUUUUUUUUUUAAGAAGUGGAGAUAAAAAGCUUUUAACAGCAAUAUUUCUCCCUUGUGGAGAGCAAUCUCUCUUGCACCACGUUUUUUGUUUUGAACUGAAGGCUGGUAGUUCCCACUGCAUUGGGCUGUAGAACUCAUGGUCCAUUUGUUUUGGGGGAGCAGGUGGGCUCUUUAACUUGUUCCAUGCUUUCACAGAAUCAGCUUGUGGGUUUACCUCCCUUACCUUUAUAGGGAAGAGUACAGAAAAUGUAGAUAAGACUUUUGUUUGCUCUGGUAUCUUUCUGCAAAGUCAUGCAUAGGUGAAGGUCUUGAAAGGAGAUGAGGGCAGGGAGCAGGGUGCCAGCCUGGCCGCACAAAGGGCAGCUGCGGGUCAGGGUGCUCAGCCCCUGCCCGGCUCUGCCGGUGCCAAGUGAAGGAACUCUCCUUCCACAGUUCCGUGAAGACACGGUGUUCAGUGUGAAACUGGUUUUCACCAUGGUCUGAAGUGCCUUUUGAAACCAUGCUAUCAGUUUAGCUCGUUUCUAUUUACAAUCUAGUAUUUAAUGGUGGUGAUUUCUAACAUUCCAGGUAAAUCCAGAGCAACAGCUCCCCAGUGCUCCUUGCUGCUUUGCUUUGAAUUUUGAUGGGGUUUUGGGUAACUGCUUUCAUCAUUUUGCUAUCCAGAUGGCUUCGUUUUUGUUGUGUAGGAGUUUCUUGUGCCAGCCAGAGAAAGACUGAGUGAUAUUUUUAAAUAGGAAAACAAAAUUGGCACAGGGCUUGGGGAGGAAGGAGAAUGUUUUGAGUGCUUUGGGUUGAUCUUAGAUUUACCUUCUUUCAAUAGGCUGGAUUUUUUUUUUUUUUUUAAUAAUUUUUAAAAUUGAGCUCAAGCAACAGCAUGAACACAGGUCUUGGAACUUCCUGGGGUCUAGCACACCAUAUAGCAGUUUUCUUGCUGAAAAAAAUAAUGCAGGCACUCCAGAGGUGUUUGUAGGGAAUAUCUGUAAUAUUUAGCAUUGAAGGUCAAUCAAAAUACACAAUUCUUGCUAGAAUAUUCACUUUCUGAGGAAAUGGGGAAUUUUGCUUGCAAGGAAAUUGGAGUGGGGUGUCAUUAGCUAGUUAAUUCUAGCUUUCCCUGCUGGCCCUCCCACUUCUCCUGCCUUGUCCCUAAUACAAUACAACCCUUGCCCUCACAUCAGCACACCAGUGUUCUUUUGGACCUACUCUGUGAGGCAUAUAGAUUUCAUGGUGUUUAGAGAGCUUUGCAAACAAGGAAAUCCUAAUUUUUGAUAUUUUUUUUUUAAGCCAGCCUUCAACAGCUAACAGAAGUGAAACAGUCACUAGAGAGCCAGCCCCUGAACUGGUCCGGGAGUUUCGUUUAAUCUUGAGGCAAGAUGUAGCUAGCUGACUAACAGCUUCUGAACCAGGGGUCUGCUUUCAGGCUCCCUUAACAAUCCAGAUCCAGUCACAGGAGGUGCAGAAAAUCCAUGUUUGAGAUGUGGUCUGCGGGGUCAAAGAGGGAAAUUUUUCUCUCUGUAUAUUCAGAAUGCUCAGAUAGAAAUACUGCAGCCUCUGUCUUUUUUUUAAAAACAAACCAAACCAAAACUUCCUGUACUCAUGUUUUGUAUUUUAGUUUUACUGGACAUAAAACUGUGACAAUACUGAUAGUCACAUAAUAGACACUUUAACACUUCUUUUAUACCAGAUUCUCAGGCUGGCCCUAAAUCUGGCUUGUUUCAUUAUUAUGUAUCUGGGUAUUUGUAGAAGAAUGUCCUUUACGGGCUCCUUAUGCCUGUCUUUUAAGAUGGAAAGAGACUUCAGGAGAUGGAUGUUGGUGUCUGGCAAGGGUUGUAAACCAGAAAGACGUUCCUUUCCUUCCUGUUUUCUUCUUUCCAAGCUGGAUAUUAAGAGCAGGAAAGGAUUUUUGGUGCCCAGCAGUCCAGAACUCUUUUAGUGGUAGCUGCUGCACUGCAGAAUUGAAGCUGGGAAUUAUCUCCUCCUCUUCUCCGUGCCACUCCUCCUCUGAGCCUCGGAUUCAGACUGGUGCUGGGUUAGCAGUGCAAGGCCAUCUGGCUGCUCCUCUGCCUGUGGUGCAUCGCUGCCCAGCAGCCUGGCACUGCAGGGUGGGCUUUGGAGACUUAAGUUUCAAUGGCAACUCCGGCUAGCAAGGAGCAAGGACUGCUUAUACGGACAGCUCGUUUUUAUCUUGUGCAGAGUCGGCUUUGUAGUGGGAUGUUGAAAUAUGACACAAUGCCUGUUUGUUUGCAAUAGCUGCAACCCUCGUAGCAGAGAUUCAAGUGGGAAAUAGAGGGGGAAGCCAGAGACAAACCAGCGGGAGAAUUGGGAACUGUGACGCCGUGGCCUCUCUCCUGUGCCGGAGCAAGCAAAGGGAAGAGAGGUAGAGGAAAAAAGACUGAGCCUUGCAACCAGCCGUCACCCUGACGAUGUGUCAGUCAAACACCCUGCAGGGACCAGAUCUGCACACAGGGAAAUGGUUGCAAUUCCCCCAGCUGGCCCUGAGGCGAAGGUUGGGCCAGCUGAGCUGUAUGUCUAGGCCUGCUCUGAAACUCCGUUCUUGGCCUCUGACUAUUCUCUAUUAUCUUCUGCCUUUCGGUGCUCUUAAGCCCUUGACCAGAGUGGGAUGGAGGCCUGUGAGCAGGGUUGCUCUGUACAAAUCGGUUCCGACUCGCCUGCUCUCGCGAGCCUGGGGUCGCCUGAACCAGGUGGAGCUGCCGACAUGGCUCCGGAAGCCUGUUUACAGCCUGUACAUCUGGACGUUUGGAGUGAACAUGAAGGAGGCAGCUGUUGAAGAUCUGCAUCACUACAGAAACCUCAGCGAGUUCUUCCGCAGGAAGCUGAAACCACAAGCGCGGCCAGUCUGCUGUGUGCACAGUGUGAUCAGUCCCUCUGAUGGAAAGAUUCUUAAUUUUGGACAAGUAAAAAACUGUGAAGUGGAGCAAGUAAAAGGGGUUACUUAUUCUCUGGAAUCUUUCUUGGGACCUCGUGUCUCUACAGAAGAACUGCAUUUUAGCCAGGCCCCACCUGGUAACUCUUUUCAGCAACAACUAGUCACAAAGGAGGGGAAUGAGCUCUACCACUGUGUAAUUUACCUUGCACCGGGGGAUUAUCACUGCUUCCACUCCCCCACUGACUGGAGAGUGUCACACCGGCGCCAUUUCCCAGGCUCUCUGAUGUCUGUGAAUCCUGGAGUUGCUCGCUGGAUCAAGGAGUUGUUCUGCCACAAUGAACGGGUUGUCCUUACAGGUGACUGGAAACAUGGCUUCUUCUCUUUAACAGCUGUAGGAGCAACAAAUGUGGGCUCUAUUCGCAUCUACUUUGACCAGGACUUGCAUACCAACAGUCCAUCUUACUCUAAAGGUUCCUACAAUGACUUCAGCUUCAUAUCCAACAACAACAAGGAAGGGAUCCCCAUGAGGAAGGGGGAACAUUUAGGGGAAUUUAACUUAGGGUCUACAAUUGUACUUAUCUUUGAGGCACCCAAAGACUUCAAAUUCCACCUCAAAGCUGGACAGAAAAUCCGCUUUGGAGAAGCAUUGGGCUCUCUCUAGCAACUCUCAGCAAGGUGGCUUUCUACACAAAGAGACUCUUAUCACACCACUGAGUGUUUCAUUUAACAAGUAUGUAUCACUCAGCAGGACCUGGGUGAGGAAAACUGAAGAAUGUCAUUGCUGUGUUAAACUUGAGAGCAUUUGAUCUACACUGACAUGCUGCUGAAUGCAGAAAGGGAAUUGCAUGACCAGAGAUGUGUCAGGUACAGCUGCCUUUAAAGAUGUUGGCCAUGGAGGUUUCAUGGAGGACCCACCCUGUGCCUGUAGUCUUUCAUGUUCUCCCCUCAAUGUGCCACAGGAUAAUUAUGUUCUUAAAACCCUUUUAAGCCCUCCAAGGCUGUGCAGGUGCAAUGGGGAAGGGUAGAGAUUAGCUGUAUUUAAAGGGACAGUGACAGGCUGAGUCAGACAUUGUACCUUGCAUCUGCAAUGUCUGUUUUUCAGACUUCGAAUAAAGAAUGUGUUCUCAUAUUUAUUUUACUCUGAGACACUCCGAAGCAGCGUUUGAAUAAAGGCAGCUGUGAAUGCAGAGAGCCAAAUAGUUCAAGGGGCUAGUAUGGAUUCACAGUUCUGAUAUGCAAAAUGUGCAGACAGCAUCAGUACAAUAAAUUACACUCAUCCAGGUUUUCUACUGUUAGACAAUUUUAAUUAUUUUACCUGACAUUGUCCCUUUAAAAAUGGUCUUUGCACUGUAUUUUAAGCCUGAAAACACUGUGUCUACAUUCCAUGUGAUGAAACUGGGCAUCUUGGGAUUUUCUUUACAAAAAGUAAGAGCGGACAAAGCUGUUGUCCUCAUCCUAAUCCAUGGUUCUAUUUUUAUGUUUCAGGCCUUAAAGAUUUUGUUUGUAUGAGAAGCAGUAUGGAUUAAGGUGUUAGAAGACAGGGAAUAUUUUUCUUGCGUGGAGCAGGAAGAUAGCAGCCAAAAUGUUUUUACUUCCUGCUAUGUAUCUUCAUUGUUGCUUUGUCACUAAAUUCUUGAAGAAUUAAUUUCUCUAUUUAGUGAACAGUUUCAGAUACUUCAGGACCAAUUUUUAUUGCACCAAGUGAAGUACCCUAUGCACUGACUGUGUAUAAAGAUAUUAUGAAUCUUUGAAGCAAUCCCAAGUUGCUUCCCGGGUGCCAACCUGGCCAUCCUAUAAUGGACUGGCAACAAUUUCCUCUUAUUCCAAAGAUGAGUCUGACUUUUGUCCUCAUGCCAGGAAUGUGCUGGGGACAAAGCUUGAUGCUGAAGCUUCAUCCUACAGCAAAACUUCAGCGCUUUCUUGUAACAACAUGUCAAGAAGAGUUUGAAAUCUACCACUUUGGAGCUGUUGAUUGUGGCACUGAUAGAAACUGGUGUCAAAGUGAACAAGAGGAAUUGAGUUUUAAAUGUAUUAAUUGUUUUUAGAGAAUAAACUUGUUCAAGCCCAGGCACUCAAACAUUUAAAACUGACUUUGCUGUCCAGAGCUGGUUGGAGUGGACAUGCCUUUCUGCUUUCUCAAGAAUUUCUCAUACUACUUUCUUGCUUGAGCUAAUUUUCUGCUACUUUAAGGAGAUGGUAGGCUUUAACUAGCUCUGAUUUUCUAAAGAAAAACUUUUCUUUGUAUGCACUGCACAAAAUAGAAUAUAAUUUUGUUGUACAAAGGUCCAGUUUGCCAAGUCCUGUAUGCUUAGCUUGUCAUCAGGAAAGAUGGGAUGAUAAACUGCCUCUAAGUGAUAGAGCCCAGCCAUGACUUCAAUUGUGGUGGCUGUUUGGGUGACAAGCAGGAGAAAAUUCAUUUGGCUCCAGGAGUCAAUGUUUCCUCACUUUACAUGAGGAGGAGUCUGAAAGCUUGAAGUGGCUGUCAGCCACCUAUCUUCAGUUUCUUGGCAUUAGCAAGUUUACUCCUGCAGCAGUAUAUUACCAUAUACAGGUUAUAGAAAUGUGCACUUUUUAAACCAUUGCUAUUUAGAAAAGACUAAGGCAAACAUCAACCCCAGAGGCUAAAGCUGUGAUUAGCCUUUUAACUAAAUGUCAUGUUAACAGUAGAAUGCAGAUUCGUUCCAGUGGAUGACAGGAAAGACCACUGAAUCUUUUCCCCCUUUUCCACUGGAGCCUAUGCCACCCAGGCACAGCCAAAGCAACUUUGAGCUUUAAUUUCUCCAUACUCAGUAUCACCAUCCACAGUAUCUGAAGGUUACUGUUAGCCUAGUAAUGGAGCAUGGGUUACCUGAUGUGUGCUUUAUUAGAAACCUAAGGAGGAGAAGAUUCAGCAUGCAAGUGGCUGGUUUUAUGACAGUCUUAAUACUGUGCAGAGCUAGCUGAUUAACAACCAACAUUUGUUAUGCAGUGGUCAGCAAGUGAAAAAGCAAAGUUCCUAGAGGGUACUGAUAAUGCUGUGAAUUUCUCCUGCAUGGAGAAUCCAUUUAAUUCAACUGUAUCAGUAGCAUGCUAUUUUUGUAUGUCAAAGUGUAUGACUUACUGACAUGAACUCACUUAAUUGCAAAGAUUUUGAAAUAAAGAGUCUUAUCAGUGUUGCUUA